AUGGGCAACUACAUUUCAUGCACUUUAGCCACGCCUUUGAUCAAGAGCUCCAAGGCUGCAAGGGUUGUCUUCCCAACGGGUGAAGUUAGGCAAUUCAGGGAGCCCGUGAAAGCAGCAGAGCUCAUGUUGGAGUGUCCAAACUUCUUCUUAGCAAACGCACAAUCUCUACACAUUGGCAGGAGGUUCUCUGCCCUUAUUGCCGACGAGGAGCUGGAAUUUGGGAACGUUUACCUCAUGUUCCCAAUGAAAAGAGUUAGUUCUAUUGUUACUGCUGCUGACAUGGCUGUUUUCUUCAUGGCUGCAAACUCCGCUGCUAAGAGAAUUUCUGGAGGAAAUAACCAUAGGGUCUUGCCGGAAUCCGGUGCUGAUCAGAACGUUCAAGAAAGUCCAAAGGCAAGUGAGGAUGGAGCAGCAAGAUUGAGUUUGGAAGGAGCUGAGGGGUUUCCAGUGCCAGAAUACAAGUAUAGGCUAUCUAGUUGUAGGUCAAGGAAGCCUACGUUGGAAACUAUAAAUGAAGAACCUGUUCGUUUGAGAAGAAGAGCUAGCUAA